AUGACUCCAGUUUAUAAAUCAGAUCAGCUUAUAACUUGUUUGGUGGGGUUACAAGGACAUGAAGAUUUUCUUUAUACUGGUGUUUAUGCUACCAAUUUGGCUGAGGAUAGGAAGGAGUUGUGGGAGGAUUUGUGUCAUCAUCAAGACUCUGCUAUGUUUCGUGGUAAAGCUUGGAUGAUAGUAGGGGGUUAUGGUUACCUGGAGGCUGGUAGGAUUUCAGGAGGAGCUAUGUUUACGUGGUGCAAUAAGAGAGAGGAGGGUGUCAUUUGCAAGAAGCUGGAUAGGGAGUUUUGGGAUCAAACCCCAAGUCUUCACUCAACUUCUGCUAUGUUUCGUUUCUCGAAGAAGUUAAAGAAUUUGAAGCCACUCAUUCGGGAGUUGGGGAAAGAGAAGUUGGGGAAUCUUACCAAGAAAGCAAAAGAAGCUUACGGGCUGUUAUGUGAGAAGCAAAAUCAGACUCUUGCAAGGCCGAGUGAUAUUGCUAUUAAGGAAGAAGCAGUUGCUUAUGAACGUUGGCUUCAUAUUGCUAGUUUGGAGGAGGACUUUCUGAAACAGUGCGCAAAACUUCACUGGCUACACGUGGGGGAUCAAAACAAUACGACAUUUCAUAAUGCCAUCCGUACCAGUCAAGCGCAAAAUACAAUUUGGGAGAUAAAGUGUCCAACUGGGAGCACUGUUACUGCAGAGGAGAUUCGUAAAGUUGUAUUUGCUAUGCCAUCUAAUAAAUCUCUUGGUCCGGAUGGAUUCCCCAGCGAGUUUUUCAAAACUUCUUGGCCCAUUGUUGCACAGGAUUUCACCAUAGCUGUUCAAUCAGUUUUCAGGUAUGGGUUUCUUCCGAAGGGAGUCAAUUCGACAAUCUUAGCUCUUGUUCCAAAGAAGACUGAUUCCUUAGAGAUGAAAGACUUUCGGCCUAUAGCUUUCUGCAAUGUGCUCUAUAAGGUGGUUUCAAAAAUCUUAGCAAACAGGCUCAAGAGGUUGCUCCCGCGUAUCAUUUCGGACUGCCAAUCUGCGUUUGUUCAAGGUCGGUUGCUAAUGGAAAAUGUUUUAUUAGCAACAGAGCUGAGGUGUUUUGUGCUCAAGAGUCUGGAAGCUAUAGGUGUCCCGGAGAGAUUCAUUCACUGGAUAAAGCCCUGCAUCUCCACUCCUUCGUUUUCUGUUCAGGUGAAUGGAGAGCUUGCGGGGUAUUUCCAGAACAAGGCAGCGGCAGAGAAGAGGUUUCAGUUUCAUCCUCGGUGUAAGAAUCUCUCUCUCAUUCACUUGUGUUUCGCCGAUGAUCUGAUGGUAUUUGUUGAAGGGACAAGAGAGUCUAUCGAAGGGGCAUUAUCGGUGUUUGAUGGGUUUGCGAAAUGGUCGGGGCUGCGUUCGGUCUUAAAGUCCUCAGGAGCUAAGGUUAAUUGGCGUGAUAUCUGUAAACUGAAGAUUGAAGGUGGUCUUGGGGUUAGAGCUUUAAAGGAGGUGAAUACAGUGUAUGGUCUGAAGCUUAUUUGGCGGAUGCUUGUGGGUUACUCUCUGUGGGGGAAAUGGAUAAAGAUGUACUUGUUGAAGAAGAGAAGCUUCUGGGCGGUGAAAUCAAACUCUCAAGUGGGAUCAUGGAUGUGGAGAAAGAUGUUGAAACUUAGAGUGAAUGCGAAGGCAUUCUACAAAAUGGAGAUUGGUAAUGGAAGACAUAUCUCAUUCUGGUAUGAUUGCUGGUUGGAUAAAGGAGUGAUGUUUGAUCUUUUCGGUGAGCGAGGUUUCAUUGAUUUUGGGUAUAAGAAAGGAGGCUACUCUUGA